CCAGUUUCUAGAGACAAGAAGACAAAAUGGGUCUGAGCUUCCUAAGGAUGACCUAUAAUUUGGAUUUGCUUUGAAACACAGAAGGGAUAUUGGAGCAAAGAUCACAGUGAGCACCGGGCAGCUGGUGCGUCCUGGAGUAGUGGCCUCAGAGAUGGAACGGUUGAACGGGAAGGCUGCUCGGCGGCCACGUCUAAUGCUCUGUUGACCCAUCUCUCCCUGGGGGCAGAAGAGGAGCGCCAGGGAGGAGGUCAGGCCUAGGGAGGUUCUCCCACCUUCUGCCUCCCUGAGCUCCACUUCUGAAAGGGGGUCUGCAUCCUGCCACAGGUCUCAGUGUUGUCCAGAAAUUGCACCUCGUCAAGAGAAUCACAGUGGUGACGUGAAGCAUCACCAGGAGGGGUGUAACAGGACAAUUCCCGUUGGAUCACGGCGUUUCUAAGAUUCACUUCCCCCCUGUUAUCUCUGCUGGUGAACCAGAGUGGUUGAACUUCCACCCCCUUCUAUACCAGGCCCGCCUUUUCUGCCAAGAGUAAGCACCACAAUGAGUGGGGAAGCAAUGAAUUUCAGCACCGUCUUCAACUUCAAUGAGGACUAUUUUGGGUCGGGUAAUAUUUCGGAUUAUUCAUUUGAUGAUGACACCUUACUGUGUUCCUUGCAAGAGGUCAGGAAAUUCUCUGGGCUCUUUGUGCCCAUGGCUUACUCCCUGAUAUGUGUCUUUGGCCUUCUGGGCAACAUUUUGGUGGUGGUCACCUUUGCUUUUUAUAAGAAGGCCAAGUCCAUGACAGACGUUUAUCUCUUGAAUAUGGCCAUUGCUGACAUUCUGUUCGUUCUCACCCUCCCGUUCUGGGCUGUUAGCCACGCCACGGGUGAGUGGAUUUUCAGCAAUGCCCUAUGCAAGCUGAUGAAGGGCAUCUACGCCGUCAACUUCAACUGUGGGAUGCUGCUCCUGGCCUGCAUCAGCAUGGACCGCUACAUCGCCAUCGUGCAGGCCACCAAGUCGUUCCGGCUGCGGUCCAGAACCCUGGCGCACCACAGGAUGAUCUGCUUGGUGGUGUGGGUGGUGUCAGUGCUCAUCUCCAGCUGGACGUUCGUGUUCAACCAGAAGUACAGUGUGCAGGGCAGCGACGUGUGCGAGCCCCGCUACCACGAGGGCUCCGACCCCAUCAAGUGGAAGCUGCUGAUGCUGGGGCUUCAGCUCCUCUUUGGCUUCUUCAUCCCCCUGGUGUUUAUGAUCUUCUGCUACAUGUUCAUCGUCAAAACCCUAGUGCAGGCUCAGAACUCCAAGAGGCACAAGGCUAUCCGCGUCAUUAUCGCCGUGGUGCUGGUGUUUCUGGCUUGCCAGAUCCCCCACAACAUGGUGCUCCUGGUGACAGCCGUGCAGCUGGGCAGGAUGAACCGCUCCUGCCAUGGCCAGAAGCUGCUGGGCUACAGCACCAACGUCACCGAGGUCCUAGCCUUCCUGCACUGCUGUCUCAACCCCGUGCUCUAUGCCUUCAUUGGGCAGAAGUUUAGGAGCUACUUUCUGAAGAUCGUGAAGGAUCUGUGGUGUGUGCGACGGAGGCAGAAGGCGCCGGGCUUCUCCUGCUCCAGGCUGUACUCAGAAACCUUCACCUCCAGGCAGAACAGUGAGACCGUGGACAACGAAAACGCGUCGUCCUUCACCAUGUGACCGGCCCGGAGCGGGCGGUGCCCGGGGGCUCGGGGAUGGUAGACGUGCACUCAGGAGCACUGUCCUCCUGCAGCCCCGAGCCCCCAGGGUACCCUACAGCUGGCCUUCCCCAAAGCAGGCCCCGGGGAAUGCGGAAUUGGAGCCAACUGUGCACAAGCGUGGAUGUUUUCAGGAAUAUUCGUGAAGAAGCUCUAGAGCACAGUUUCUCCUGAUCACAGCAAAAUGCACAGGGUUUGGAAAACCAAGACAGAAAAAAAUCACUUAAGAGCCCUCGCACAACUCAUUUCAGGCAGAAGGUGAAACACUUCACCCAAGCUGGGAAAGUGGCGUGGGGAGAUGGACAGUGGCUGGAUAUGCACUGGUGUUGAUUGUCACCACGGAUAAGGCAGAUCAGGUGGUAACAGGCCAUCGGGAAAGUGUAUGUUUGCUUUAUUUCCCCAAGAAAAUGUUCUCUGCAGUCGGUAAUUCUCCCAAAAUCUGGUAGAGGUCCAUGAAGCCACAUAGGAACAGCAUACAUUCAGCACACAGAGGGGCUCAGUAACUAUUUGUUACAUAAAUCGGAGUGGAAGUGGGGACCGUUUAAAGUGUAAGGUGUCUAAAUUACCUUCUUUUAAAAAAAGUGCAAGGAAGCUUCCUUGAGACAACACAGAAAGAGCUUUUGUUCCACGCCCAGAAGCGGAAGCAGCACAGAGAGGACCCUUGUGCCAAGGGCUUCGGGGUCGGCAAGGAGCUGGGAUCCUUCACUUCUGCUGCUGACUUUAAGGUGGUUUUACCCAAAGUCUGAGGUUGAUCAUGGAAUCCAAUUUCUAGCUUCUAGAAAGUUCUUAGAACUCAAGCUUUGAGAAUGCUUUGUAAACAGAUGAACACAAGUAGAACAAAAAACCACAUUACAAAAUGCAGGCAUGUAUUAGAAGGUACUGAUGUGAAUUACAAAGAUACUGACAUGUAUAAUCCUGAGAAAUCUGUUCUUGAAACUUUCUAUUGUUCUUGUAAGCUUGACCUGCAUCUCUAUAUGAAAUUCAAAGUGAUAGCUUAGGAUUCAAAGUCUGUAUGUUUCAAACAUAGUUUUGGCUUCGCAAAAUAAAGCUGCAUCAGUGUUCUGACUCAGAGACAGAGGUGUUCAGAGGUCGCGCAUCCUUCCAGACUGUGACCGUUGGACUCCAGCGCUCAAAGCACAGGGGCUGUUACUUAGAUGCUCCUUGUAGGAUAGCUGAUGGGCCGAGAGAAUCUAUGGAGAUAAAUUUGUGUUUCUAAGCAGGCAUGGAAACCGUUCCCUUAUUGUGGCACAGCUGGAAAUCAGCUCUUCUGUAUAAUUUGAAUUUUCAGAUAAGUGAAGCUUACUUCUUUAUGCAAUAACCCAUUUAAUUUCAGCCAUACUGAAUAAAAGUGUUUC